AGCAAAUAUAGUUCAAAGUCACAAGCUUCUGGGGGAAACAAUAGAGAAGAAACAAAAUAAAUGAGGCUGUGGAAAAAGGCAGCCGGAGCUUUGAAAGAUAGGAAUAGCAUAUUGAUCGCAAGCAUAUCAAGGAGGUCAGCAUAUCGCAACCCUGAUCUUGAAGCAGUGAUCAUCAAGGCCACAAGCCAUGAUGAAUCCUACCUAGAUUACAAGAACUCUCAAAGGGUCUUUCAAUGGGUACGUACCUCUCCCAUUUAUGUGAAACCCUUAAUGUGGGGGUUGUCUAUGCGUAUGGAAAAGACUCGGAAUUGGGUUGUGGCCUUAAAGGGUUUAAUGCUCAUGCAUGGCAUUUUCCAUUGCAAAACCCCAGGCGUACAAAUGAUUGGCAGGUUACCAUUUGAUCUAUCAAGUUUCUCUGAUGCUCAUUCCAAACAAGACAAGGCAGAGGGUUACAAUGUUUUCAUUCGUGCUUAUUUUCUAUUUCUGGACCAAAAGUCUGCUUUCUUAGCGGCAGAGAUGAAGGUACAAAGAGGACUACGUUUGAAACAAAUGGAGGAACCGCUGGUGGAUGAGCUUACAAGGUUACAGAAAUGGCAAUCUUUGCUUGACAUGCUGCUUCAAAUCAAGCCACCGGCUGAGACUAUGAUUGUGACUCUCAUUCUUGAAGCUAUGGAAUGUGCAAUCGUGGAGAUUUACGAUGUUUACAGCAGGUUUUGCAGUGGGAUGGCGCAUGCUUUGUUAAGGAUAUACGAGGAUGGCGGGAAGGUUGAAGCGUCAAUGGCGCUUAGAAUUCUUCAAAAGGCAAGAGAGCAAAGUGGAGAACUCACUCGGCAUUUUGAAUUUUGCAAGGACAUUGGUGUUCUUAAUGCAACCGAGUUCCCAAAGGUCGAGCAAGUCCCGGAAGAAGAUAUUAAAGAUCUUGAGAGAAUAAUUGAUGGGGUUCCCAAGAGGAAGAGCAUAGAUGGAAUGGUCAUGCCACAGGAGGACAAGGCCAUUGUGGUGAAAGGAAAUGGUGACAUUGUUGAACAAAGGGAGUCACAGAGAAUUUUGAGGACAAUAAUUACAGAUAAAUGGGAGGUUUUUGAAGACAAUUUAAUGUCUGAUUGGGGAGGGAGUUCCUCUGAUGUUAGAAGCACUACUACUACAGCCUCUUCAAAUGCAUUAGUAACGUUUGUACCUGCUUCUUCUAAUCAAGACAUUCCUGAUUUAAUUAAUGUAUAGAACUUGAUAUCAUGAGAUCUGCUUUCCCUUUCAGGAUACAUGAGAUUUGUCAAUAUUUGAUCAUUCAUUCAUUAUCGUGGAAAGAGAAUUCCGUCAAAAUUUUUGGAUUUUCCUUUUAAAAAAAAAAAAAUUCAAGUUGUUUCAUAUCAUUAUUAUCAUAGCAAUGCUAUAC